CCCCCCCCCCGCCUCCUGCUCGGGCCGCGCCCCGCAGAGCCCCGGCCGCGCGAUGGUGAAGCCCCGCUACAAGGGCCGGAGCAGCGUCAACCCGUCCGGCGCCAGCACCAACCCCGAUCGGGUGCUGGGUGCCGGGGGGCACAAUGUGCGGGACCGGGCGACCAUCCGGCGGCUGAACAUGUACCGGCAGAAGGAGCGCAGAAACAAUCGUGGUAAAGUGAUUAGGCCUCUGCAGUACCAGUCCACAGUGGCACCAGGAACAGUGGCAAGAGUGGAACCAAAUAUUAAAUGGUUUGGAAAUACUCGUGUGAUCAAGCAGUCGUCUCUGCAGAAAUUCCAAGAGGAAAUGGAGACUGUUAUGAGGGAUCCGUACAGAGUGGUCAUGAAGCAAAGCAGGCUGCCCAUGUCCCUUCUCCAUGAUCGAAUUAGACCUCAUAAUUCCAAAGUCCACAUUCUUGACACAGAAACUUUUGAAACUACCUUUGGCCCCAAAUCGCAAAGGAAAAGACCAAAUCUUUCUGCGAGUGAUGUGCAGUCUCUUCUGGAGAACGCUGAGGCCUCCGCAGGGACCUAUGACCAGGGCAAGGACCGAGACCUGGUGAUGGAAGAUACUGGAGUGAGGGAUGAAGCACGAGAGGAGAUCUACAAGAAGGGACAGUCCAAAAGAAUCUGGGGCGAGCUUUACAAAGUGAUUGAUUCGUCUGAUGUUAUUGUGCAAGUUCUUGAUGCUAGAGAUCCCGUCGGGACUCGUUCCCCACAUGUCGAAUCUUACCUCAAAAAGGAGAAACCGUGGAAACAUCUCAUUUUCGUCCUGAACAAAUGUGACCUUGUCCCUACUUGGGCCACCAAACGCUGGGUUGCAGUCCUCUCCCAGGAUUAUCCGACACUUGCUUUCCACGCCAGUCUCACAAAUCCCUUUGGCAAAGGAGCCUUCAUACAGCUGUUACGGCAGUUCGGAAAGUUACACACAGACAAGAAACAGAUCAGCGUGGGCUUCAUUGGCUAUCCAAACGUUGGCAAGAGCUCAGUGAUUAAUACGUUACGAUCCAAGAAGGUCUGCAAUGUGGCUCCCAUUGCCGGUGAAACAAAGGUCUGGCAGUACAUCACCUUGAUGCGGCGGAUCUUCCUCAUUGACUGCCCAGGUGUAGUUUAUCCAUCGGAGGAUACAGAAACUGACGUUGUGCUGAAGGGAGUGGUUCAAGUUGAAAAAAUAAAGAGCCCUGAAGACCAUAUCAGUGCAGUGCUCGAAAAAGCGAAGCCAGAGUACAUCAGCAAGACGUACAAAAUUGAUACCUGGAAAAAUGCAGAGGAUUUCCUUGAGAAGCUAGCCUUCCGGACUGGAAAACUGUUAAAGGGUGGAGAACCUGACAUGCAGACUGUGAGCAAAAUGGUCCUCAACGACUGGCAGAGGGGCCGUAUACCAUUCUUCGUUAAACCACCGAACACAGAGCCAGGCCGUCAGCCCUCAUCUUUAGAAGUAGCUGCAAUGCCAAGCCAAGCUGACAGUGAGGAGCAGAGCUCAGAGGCCGUAGCUUCGAACACGGAGUUGGUAGAGGAAGAGGAGAACAAAGCAAACACAGAAAUGAAGCAACUCAUGUCUCACGUCCGGCAGAACUUUGGGAAGAUUAAUGUGGCAACUCAUUUCUUGGAAGAAGACCUGGUUCCUGUAGAUAUAUCAGCUAUUGACAAGAUGGACAGUGAUCCUUCUGGAGGAGAGGAGGAGGAGGAAGAGGAAGAACAGCAGCAAAACUUAGUUGAGGAUGACUUCGACUCCCAUGGAGAAGCUGCCAGGGAGGGCUCCAAGGCAGUCGUUAAGAUUUUGGAGGAAAAGAUUGCAAAAUACAAAAAAUUCCUGGCCAAAGCCAAAGCCAAGAGAUUCUCAGCAAUAAGAAUCCCCAGAGGGCUCAGUGAAAAGGUAUUCACAACAUCUGAGCAGAAGUCUGAAGAAACCAAAGAACCAGAGGCCAGAGGGUGCACCAAAAAGGGAAAGAAAAGGAAAGCACAAGAGGGCGAGGAGGAGGAUGCCCUUCAGGGUGAAAAGCCUUGCAAGAAGCUUACAUCCAAAGAAAGGAGAAGAGCUGAGAGGCAGCAGCACACCAAGAAAGUUGGGGUCCGAUACUACGAAACUCACAAUGUGAAAAAUAAGAACAGGAACAAGAAAAAAAGUGACUCAGAGGGACAGAGAUCAAAACACAAGAAAUUUAAACCUAAGUAAUAACUGGGGCUUUUAUUAAAUUUAACAUAAACCAG